AUGAAGCAACGAGCGGCUCUCGGGCCCGUGUUGCGGCUGGCCAUAUUGGCCUUACUUGCUGUGAGCUAUGUACAAUCGGGAGCACCAGGACCACAGGGACCACCUGGAAUGCAAGGAAUCCGCGGAUUCCCCGGACCAGAAGGACUCGCUGGACCAAAAGGACAAAAAGGAGCUCAAGGACCACCCGGACCAAACGGAAUCAAGGGAGAUCGUGGAGCCGUCGGAGUGCCUGGAUUCCCAGGAAACGAUGGUGGAAACGGACGACCGGGAGAGCCAGGUCCACCAGGAGCCCCUGGAUGGGAUGGAUGCAACGGAACUGACGGAGCACCAGGAAUUCCAGGACGGCCAGGACCACCAGGAAUGCCAGGAUUCCCGGGACCACCAGGAAUGGACGGAUUGAAAGGAGAGCCAGCUAUCGGAUACGCCGGAGCUCCAGGAGAAAAAGGAGACGGUGGUAUGCCAGGAAUGCCAGGACUUCCAGGACCAUCAGGACGUGAUGGAUACCCAGGAGAAAAGGGAGACCGAGGAGAUACUGGAGAUGCUGGACCAAGAGGACCACCAGGAGAGGCUGGACCACCAGGAAACCCAGGAAUCGGAAGCAUCGGACCAAAGGGAGAUCCUGGAGAUCUAGGUUUGGUCGGACCACCAGGUCCACCAGGACCACGUGAGUUCACUGGAUCCGGCUCGAUUGUCGGACCACGCGGAAACCCUGGAGAAAAGGGAGACAAGGGAGAGCCAGGAGAGGGUGGACAACGAGGAUACCCAGGAAACGGAGGACUUCCAGGACAGCCAGGACUCCCAGGAAUGAAGGGAGAGAAGGGAUUGUCCGGACCAGCUGGACCAAGAGGAAAGGAAGGACGGCCAGGAAACGCUGGACCACCAGGAUUCAAGGGAGACCGCGGUCUUGACGGACUUGGCGGAAUUCCAGGACUUCCAGGACAGAAGGGAGAAGCUGGAUACCCAGGAAGAGACGGACCAAAGGGUAACUCUGGACCACCAGGACCACCAGGAGGAGGUGUCUUCAACGAUGGAGCUCCAGGACCACAAGGAUUGCCAGGUCGUCCAGGAAACCCAGGACCACCAGGAACUGACGGUUUCCCAGGAGCCCCAGGACCAGCUGGACCAAUAGGAAACCCAGGAGGACCAGGUCUUCAAGGAUACCCAGGAAAUGAAGGACUUCCAGGACCAAAGGGAGAUAAGGGAGAUGGUGGUACUCCAGGAGCACCAGGAGUCUCUGGACCACCAGGAAUGCCUGGACUUUCUGGACCAAAGGGAGAGCCAGGAUAUCGUGGAACCCCAGGACAAAGUAUCCCAGGACUCCCAGGAAAGGACGGAAAGCCAGGACUUGACGGAGCCCCAGGAAGAAAGGGAGAGAAUGGAUUGCCAGGAGUUAGAGGACCACCAGGAGACUCGCUGAACGGACUUCCAGGAGCACCAGGACCACGUGGAGCUCCAGGACCAAAGGGAUACGAUGGACGUGAUGGAGUCAAUGGACUUCCAGGAGCGCCAGGAUCAAAGGGAGACCGUGGAGGUACUUGCUCGGCUUGUGCACCAGGAACUAAGGGAGAGAAGGGAUUGGCCGGAUACCCAGGCCAGCCAGGACCACAAGGAGAUCGUGGUUUGCCAGGAAUGCCAGGACCUGUUGGAGACGCUGGAGAUGAUGGUCUUCCGGGACCAGCCGGACGUCCAGGAGCUCCAGGACCACCAGGACAAGACGGAUUUCCAGGACUUCCAGGACAAAAGGGAGAACCAACUCAGCUAGUCCUCCGUCCAGGACCACCAGGAUAUCCAGGAUUGAAGGGAGAGAACGGUUACCCAGGACAACCAGGAAAUGAUGGACUCCCAGGAGCUCCAGGACCAGUCGGACCACCAGGACAGCCAGGAUACCCAGGAGAAAAGGGAGACGCUGGUCUGCCAGGACUCUCUGGAAAGCCAGGACAAGACGGACUCCCAGGACUUCCAGGAAACAAGGGAGAAGCCGGAUACGGACAACCAGGACAGCCAGGAUUCCCAGGAACUAAGGGAGAAGCUGGACUUCCAGGACUUCCAGGAACCCCAGGACUCCAAGGAUUGCCAGGAGAGCCAGCACCAGAAAACCAAGUCAACCCAGCUCCACCAGGCCAGCCAGGACUUCCAGGACUUCCAGGAACUAAGGGAGAGUCUGGAUUCCCAGGACGACCAGGAGAAGUCGGACAGCCAGGAUUCCCAGGAUUACCAGGAAUGAAGGGUGACUCUGGUUUGCCAGGACCACCAGGACUCCCAGGACACCCAGGAGUACCAGGAGACAAGGGAUUCGGAGGAGUACCAGGACUUCCCGGAAUUCCAGGACCAAAGGGAGAUGUCGGAAACCCAGGAAUGCCAGGAUUUAAUGGACAAAAGGGAGAGCCAGGAGUCGGAGUGCCAGGACAACCAGGAGCUCCAGGAUUCCCAGGACUCAAGGGAGAUGCUGGACUUCCAGGACUUCCAGGAGCGCCAGGACUUGAAGGACAACGCGGGUUCCCAGGAGCCCCAGGACUCAAGGGAGAGAACGGACUACCAGGAUUGUCUGGACAGCCAGGAUAUCCAGGAGAGAAGGGAGACGCCGGACUUCCAGGAGUUCCAGGACGUGAAGGAUCCCCAGGAUUCCCAGGACAAGAUGGACUCCCAGGAGUUCCAGGACAAAAGGGAGAAGAUGGUCUUCCAGGGCUACCAGGAGUUACUGGAUUGAAGGGAGAUGCUGGAGCUGCAGGACUUUCCGGAGCCCCAGGACUUCCAGGAGCCCCAGGAUAUCCAGGAAUGAAGGGUAAUGCUGGAAUCCCAGGAGUUCCAGGAUUCAAGGGAGACGCCGGACUCUCAGGACUUCCAGGUCUUAACGGACCAAAGGGAGAGCCAGGAGUUCCAGGAAUGCCAGGAACCCCAGGAAUGAAGGGUAAUGGUGGUCUGCCAGGACUUCCAGGACGUGACGGACUCGCCGGAAUACCAGGACCAAAGGGAGAUCGUGGAUUCAACGGACUUCCAGGAGAGAAGGGAGAAGCGGGACCAGCUGCCAGAGACGGACAGAAGGGAGAGGCUGGACUUCCAGGACAGCCAGGACUUCGUGGACCUGCCGGGCCAUCCGGACUUCCAGGAGUACCAGGAAUCAAGGGAGACGCUGGACUUCCAGGAUAUGGACAACCAGGACUUCCAGGAGAAAAGGGACUUCCAGGAAUUCCAGGAAAGGCUGGGCGCCAAGGAGCACCAGGAUCGCCAGGACAAGAUGGACUUCCAGGAUUCCCAGGAAUGAAGGGAGAAGCCGGAUACCCAGGACAAGACGGACUUCCAGGACGCGAUGGACUCCCAGGAGUUCCAGGAAUGAAAGGAGACCUUGGGGAUUCCGGACAACCAGGACUCCCAGGAGCCCCAGGACUUGAUGGACAACCAGGAGUGCCUGGAAUUCGCGGAGACAAGGGACAAUCGGGACUGCCAGGAAUUCCAGGAGAUCGUGGAAUGGACGGAUUCCCAGGACAGAAGGGAGAAAAUGGAUAUCCAGGACAGCCAGGACUUCCAGGACUUGCGGGAGAGAAAGGAUUCGCCGGAACUCCAGGAUUCCCAGGACUUAAGGGAGCCCCAGGAUACCCAGGACAGGAUGGACUUCCAGGAAUUCCAGGACUCAAGGGAGAAUCUGGAUAUCCAGGACAGCCAGGUCAAGAAGGACUUCCAGGACUUUCUGGAGAGAAGGGAAUGGGAGGACUUCCAGGACUUCCAGGACAGCCAGGACAAUCGAUCCCUGGACCAGUCGGACCAUCAGGAGCUCCAGGACUCCAAGGAAAAGACGGAUUCCCAGGACUGCCAGGACAAAAGGGAGAGUCUGGACUCAACGGACUUCCAGGAGCCCCAGGACUAAAGGGAGACGCUGGACUCCCAGGAUUCCCAGGAGCUAAAGGAGACCCAGGAGCAAACGGAAUUCCAGGAAAGCGCGGAGAUGAUGGACUUCCAGGAGUGCCAGGAAGAGACGGACAGCCAGGAGCACCAGGACUCAAGGGAGAAAUCGGAGGAGCUGGACUUCCAGGACAACCAGGAUUCCCAGGACUUCCAGGAAUCAAAGGAGAAGGAGGCCUUCCAGGUUUCCCAGGAGCCAAGGGAGAACCAGGCUUCCCAGGAUCACCAGGAGCUCCAGGAUACGCCGGAGAAAAGGGAGACGGAGGUCUUCCAGGACUUCCUGGAAGAGACGGACUCCCAGGAUCCGACGGACCACAAGGACCACCAGGACCACCAGGACCACAAAAUCUCGUUGAGCCAGGAGAGAAGGGACUUCCAGGACUUCCAGGAGCUCCAGGACUUCGCGGAGAAAAGGGCAUGCCAGGACUUGACGGACCACCAGGAAACGACGGACCACCAGGACUUCCAGGACAACGCGGGAACGACGGAUACCCAGGAGCUCCAGGACUUCCAGGAGAGAAGGGAAUGGGAGGACUUCCAGGAUUCCCAGGGCUUGACGGACUCCCAGGAGGACCAGGAGCACCAGGACUUCCAGGUGCCCCAGGAGCAGCUGGACCAGCCUACAGAGACGGAUUCGUACUUGUCAAGCAUUCGCAAACCACCGAAGUUCCAAGAUGUCCAGAGGGUCAAACCAAGCUUUGGGACGGAUAUUCCUUGUUGUACAUUGAAGGAAACGAGAAAUCCCACAACCAAGACCUUGGACACGCGGGAUCUUGCCUUCAACGCUUCUCCACCAUGCCGUUCUUGUUCUGCGACUUCAACAACGUAUGCAACUACGCCUCCAGAAACGACAAGUCCUACUGGCUCUCCACAUCUGAAGCCAUCCCAAUGAUGCCAGUCAACGAGCGUGAAAUCGAGCCAUACAUCUCUCGUUGUGCCGUCUGCGAAGCUCCAGCCAACGUCAUCGCUGUCCACUCGCAGACCAUCCAAAUUCCAAACUGUCCAGCCGGAUGGAGCAGCUUGUGGAUCGGUUACUCGUUCGCCAUGCACACCGGAGCCGGAGCCGAGGGAGGGGGUCAAUCGCUUUCCUCUCCAGGAUCCUGCUUGGAAGACUUCCGUGCCACUCCAUUCAUCGAGUGCAACGGAGCACGUGGAUCUUGCCACUACUUUGCCAACAAGUUCUCAUUCUGGCUCACCACCAUUGAUAAUGACUCUGAGUUCAAGGUAAGUGUACCGGAGAGUCAAACACUCAAGUCAGGAAAUCUCCGCACCCGCGUCUCCAGAUGCCAAGUCUGUGUCAAAUCCACCGACGGACGUUAUUAA